GAACAGUAAGCUUGCUACAUGUAGAAGAAAAAAAAUACUAACCAAUUAAGUUUUGACAAUGAACCUGUGAUUUAAACCACUGAUAGGUGGUCAAGCGAAUAUAUUAUUUUGAGAUACUUUUUGGAUGUAACAGUUAAUAAGUCGAAUCAACCGGUCUAUAGUGUAACAAUGUUAAAUAUUAAUAAAAAAUUUCAUUAUGAUUCUUCUAUUUAUUUUCCCAAAUUUUUGGUAUAUGGAUGGGGAACAAUUAACUGUUGCAGAUGAGAAAGUUUUGGUAGAGAGGCUUCUUCGUUAUCAUCCAAAAUCUGAAGACAAAAUUGAAUGUGGACUUGAUUCGAUUAUGGUUGAUCGACAUCCUGAAUUUAGACACUCAAGGUGUCUCUAUGUUGUUAGAACUGAUGGUGGAUGGAUAGAUUUCUCAUACCAGAAGUGUCUGCGAGCAUACAUUCGAGAUAAGUAUCCAUCCCAUGCUGAAAGAUUUAUCAGUGAACAUUUUCAGAAUGAACGCUUUUAUGGGAAACUUGCCCGCAUGAUGUCAGAGUCACCAUGAAAAAUUAUCAAUGUUAUAGAUGACUCUUGACUAACGCUCUCUGUUUGUUAUAAAUGAAGCCAAAAAAAAUGAUUGAACUGAGCCUCACUUUGUUGACAUGCA